AUGACCAAAAGAAAGGCCAGAAAGGUUAAAGGCCCUAAAAAGCUAGCUAAGCAGAUUCAUGUAUCUUAUGAAGGAUACACCGUAUCUGCUUCAAGCUCUAUAGAAAUCAUAGACGUUGAUGAAUUGGACUGGAAUUUGAUGUUCUCUCGUUUUGUCAGUCAACGAAAACCUUGCUUGAUUGAUGGAGUGAUGCCAGGUCUGAAUCUCAACAUUUUUCAACCUCAUUUGCUUAACGAGCUUUUAGACUACGGCGAAGCGCUUGAAGUUGAGCAAAAGAUUAAUGGGGGGUUUGGAUCUAAUGUGCAGAGACUGCAAAUGCGAUUUGAAGAGUUAAUGGAAAAUUUGAGGACCGGUAAGGGAGAUUUGUAUUUGACCACACAAUAUGGGGGAGAGGACGAGAAUGAUGAGAGAAAAGAAGAGGAAGAAGAAGAAGAAGAGGGAAACAUUGAGAAUUCAGGGACAGAAGGAUUCGAUGAUAACUCUGAUACCGAAACAUGUUCCCUAGUCAGUUUGAGUACUAGUUUCCAUGACGAUUUCGAAGAUUUGGACGAUUUGGACGAUUUGGAAAAACCCAGACUAUUUAUACAGCCCCCUCUUUGUAAUCUUUCUUCCUCGAUCCUUCCAUCUUCUCCUAGUUUCCUUGAUAAACUUGCUAUUCAGCAAGUUAAUCUCUGGCUUGGAGCCGCCAGGCCUACUCCUUUGGCACUGGAUCCACUGAAAACUGAUCUAGGAGUUGGAAAUUGUGUUCCGAAUGGUACUUCUUCUGGUCUUCAUCAUGACCAUGCGGACAACUUGUACAUACCUAUACAUGGACGGAAACGCUUCACCUUGUUCUCCCCCCAAGAUGCUCCAAAUCUGUACACUCAAGGCGACAUUGCUACAAUAUAUGAGAAUGGAGUUGUGGACUACAUAACGAACAAGAAUGCUCCGAAUUGGCGACAUAUUCGUGACGAUGGGGCGAUAAUAGGUGAAGUAUGUCGUUGGAAACUGGAACAGCAAUCUGACUCUCUUUCUGAAACUCAACAAAAGCUGCUGCUUGAACAAAUCAAGGAAGAGGAUAAACUGUUAGCUUCAUUCUCCUCUGUUCCAAAAGUUGAACCGCCAUCCUUCAGCAGGAUACCUCCAGCUUUGCUGCACAUACAGGAAGUUGAAUCAGUAGAGGAUAGAGCACGUCUUCAUGAAUUAUCCCAGAAUGGCUAUCCGCUGCUUUCUAAGUGUCACAGCCUUAUAGUGGAUCUGGAACCGGGACAAAUGUUGUAUCUUCCCGCAGGGUGGUUUCACGAAGUGAAAUCAUAUGGGGAGGAAUCCCCGGAAUUUCCAUACGUUCAUGAAGCAAUAAAUUACUGGUUUGAACCGCCUAAUGGGUCCACGUCUGAUAGGCCCUAUGAGGAUUCUUACUGGAGUGAAAUCUCCCCCUAUCUACUCAAUUAG